CCAAAAACAGGCGGUCGCGGUCGCGGUCGCAAGAGCGUUACGGCGGCGCCGCGACAAUCAACAGCUGGCGACCGUGCUGCCGCAAGUCCCUCAACAGCAGCUACAACGGCCUCGCCGGCGGCCAAGAAAGUGCGCAAAUCCACUGGAGCGACUAGGGGAGGGAAAAGGCCUGCUGGAAAGGCACCCAGAGAGUCCGAUGUUCAGCCUGGUGACCCUACACCGCAAGGACGUGUACGCCGCUACAGGCCCGGAACCGUGGCUCUCAAGGAGAUCCGCAAGUACCAACGCUCGUACGAUCUGCUUAUCCAAAAGCUUCCUUUCGCUCGGCUGGUCCGCGAGGUCGCGCUUGACCUCCUCCCUUCAGAAGUUGGCGCCGAGCUGCGGUGGCAGUCGCAUGCGAUCCAAGCCCUCCAGGAAGCAGCCGAAGCUUUCCUUGUACAUCUCUUCGAGGACACCAACCUCUGCGCGAUUCACGCCAAGCGCGUGACUAUCAUGCAGAAAGAUAUCCAACUUGCUCGACGCAUCCGUGGUGUCUGGGGUGGUUUGGGCUAA